AUGAAGAUGUUAACCAAGUUUGAGUCCAAAUCAUCGAGGGCUAAGGGAGUGGCAUUCCAUCCCAAAAGGCCUUGGUGUUUGGUCUCGUUACACUCGUCUACUAUACAGUUAUGGGACUAUAGAAUGGGUACAUUGAUUGAUCGAUUUGAAGAUCACGUUGGACCAGUAAGAAGCAUUGUUUUCCAUCCAACACAGCCGUUGUUUGUCUCUGGUGGAGACGAUUACUCAAUCAAAGUGUGGUCUUUAACUACACGCAAAUGUUUAUUUACCUUGAGUGGACAUUUGGACUAUGUGCGUGGGGUUUCAUUCCAUCACGAUUUGCCGUGGAUUCUCAGUUGUUCAGAUGACCAAACAAUUAGGAUUUGGAAUUGGCAAAAUAGGCAGGAAAUAGCUUGUUUGACCGGCCACAACCAUUACGUUAUGAGUGCCCAAUUCCACCCUUCGGAAGAUUUGAUAGUUUCAGCAAGUUUGGAUCAAACUGUAAGAGUAUGGGAUAUUUCGGGCUUGAGGAAAAAACACUCUGCUCCAGCUUCGUCGGUUAGGUCUUUUGAGGACCAAAUACAAAGACAACAAUUGCCCCAACAAGAUAUAUUUGGCAAUAUCAAUGCUGUUGUCAAGUAUGUUUUGGAAGGUCACGACAAGGGGGUCAAUUUUGCCGCUUUCCACCCAACAUUACCUUUGAUUGUUUCUGCUGGCGAUGACAGAUUGGUCAAAUUGUGGAGAAUGAGCGAUACAAAAGCUUGGGAAGUUGAUACAUGUAGAGGCCACACUGGUAAUGUUUUAAGCGCUAUUUUCCAUCCACACCAAGAUAUGAUUUUGUCUGUUUCAGAUGAUAAGACAAUCAGAGUAUGGGAUUUGAACAAGCGUGUUCCCAUUAAGCAAUUCAGAAGAGAGCACGAUAGAUUCUGGCUCAUUGCAAGUCACCCUACUAUCAAUCUUUUUGCCGCAUGUCAUGAUUCCGGAGUCAUGGUUUUCAAAUUGGAAAGAGAAAGACCAGCUCAUGCACUUUUCCAAAACAAAUUAUUUUAUGUAAAUGGAGAGAAACAAGUGCAAGCAUUUGAUUUCCAAAAACAAGAGAGCAGUUUGCCAAUGUUGUCUUUGAAGAAAAUUGGAAAAGCUUGGUCGUUUAUGAGAACAUUGUCUUAUAACCAAAGUGAAAACUCCAUCUUGGUUGUUCACGGUGAAGGUGAUAACUCCAACUAUGCUUUGAUAACCUUGCCCAAACAUGCCACGGGAGCAAUUGAACCAACUGAUGUUAGACAGGGUGAAGCUAAUUUUGCCACUUUUAUAUCACGCAAUCGUUUUGUUACAUUUAUCAAGUCAUCAAAGAUCUUGCAUGUGAAAGAUUUGAGCAAUAAUAUUACAAAAACUAUUCAAUUGGACCUGUCUGUAACGGAUGUUUUAUACGGAGGCCCCGGUCGUGUUUUGUUAGUUAAAGCACAUACCGUGAUCAAUUAUGAUGUACAACAGCGUAAGGAAUUGGCAGAACUUAGUGUUAAUAAUGUAAAAUAUGUGUGCUGGUCAUCCGAUGGACAAUAUUUGGCUCUUUUGGCAAAGCAUACGAUUACAAUUGCUACUAAGGAUUUAGAGUUGGUCACUUCCAUGCAUGAAACUAUCAGAAUCAAGAGUGCUGCAUGGGACGAUUCAGGGGUUUUGUUGUACUCAACUUUAAAUCACAUCAAAUACACUUUGUUGAAUGGUGAUAAUGGUAUCAUCAAAACUUUGGAGAACACUGUUUACAUUACUAAAGUUACGGGCAAUUUGGUAUAUUGCUUGAACCGCGCAGGCCAAGUUGAAAUAAUCAAGAUUGAUCCAACUGAGUAUAGAUUCAAGCGUGCUUUAGUCAACAAAAAUUUCAGCGAAGUUUUGAGAUUGAUCAAAACUUCCACUUUGGUGGGCCAAAAUAUCAUUGCCUACUUGCAGAAAAAAGGGUUUGCCGAUGUUGCUUUACACUUUGUUCAAGAUCCAGAAACCAGAUUUGACUUGGCUUUAGAGUGCAGUAACUUACCAGUGGCAUUAGAACAAGCAAAGAUUUUGAAUGAUACUAAAAUUUGGGAAAAGUUGGGUGAAGAGGCUUUGUUACAGGGAAACAUUGAAGUUGUUGAGUUUGUUUACCAGCAAUUGCAUUUAUUUGAGAAGUUGUCCUUUUUGUAUUUGUUCAAAGGUGAUAAGGAAAGGUUAAACAAGAUGACUACAAUUGCCGAGCAUAGAGGCAAUUUGUCUGCAGUAGUGCAAAACACAUUAUACAAUAAAGAUGUGCAAAAGAGAUGUGAGAUUUAUGUACAAAGUGGGAUGCUUCCAUUAGCCUACACCUUGGCAAAGUCUAAUGGAUUGACCCAAUUUGCAGCUCAAAUUUUGGAGGAAGCUGGUGUUUCUGAAAAAGAUGUUGAACUACCAGAGUUGGGUGAAACUAUUCCUGUACCGCAGCCAAUUGCUGAUCCCAUCGCCAAUUGGCCCUUGAAGGAGUCUUCUUUAUCCUUUUUUGAGAGCGCAUUGCUCACAGGUAAAGUAGAGAAUUUGAACGUUACAGAAAAGGAUGAAAAGGAUGUUGGGGUGUUGUCAUCUGAGCAAAGUCAUACUGCUGCUCUAGAGUUUGAAGAUGAAGAGCAAGAAGAUGGCGAAGAUGGUGGUGCUUGGGAACUUGACGACGAGUUUAACAUUGAUGAUGAGGAAUUGUUGCAGGGAAACGAAGAAGAAGCCCUCAAUGUUGUACCUGGUGCAGUAUCAGGAGAGAGUGAAAUUGGAGAUUGGUUGCGUAAUGCUAAAACUCCUGCAACUUAUAUUGCUGCUGGCGCAAUGGAGCAAGCGGCUUUAUUAUUGAACAAGCAAGUUGGUGUUACAAAUUUUGAGCCACUACGUCAAAGAUUUUUGCAAGUACAUGGAGCUUCAAAAUUGUACCUUCCAGGAGCUGACGAUCUACCUGCCAUGAAAACUUUUAUUCGAGAAGAUUGUGAUGAAGAAGAUCCAAGUAAGAUAAGACCAGUCAUACCUGGAUACGAUACCUUGGAAGAACAAUUGUCAGUGGCUUUCAAACAAUUCAAAGCAAACAAUCUAGAAGAAGCAAUUAAGACCUUCAAGUCUGUUAUCUACACUAUUACUGUUUUGAAUGUUAAUGACGAAGAAGCCGAAACAAAAUGCCACGAAAUGUUGGUAUUGUGUCGAGAGUAUAUUCUUGGACUAAGUAUCGAAUUGGCUCGUCGUGCAUUGCCACCUACUGAUGUCAAACGAAACUUGGAAUUAGCCUCAUAUUUCACAAAAGUGCAAUUGCAGCUGGCACAUAAGCUUAAUGCUUUAAACGUUGCCAUGACGCAGUCGUUCAAGAACAAGAAUUAUGCUAGUGCAUCCUACUUUGCCCAAGAGUUUUUGAAAAUAUCCAGCUCGGGUCCGAGGGCAGAGCAAGCCAAUAAACUAAAAGCAAAGGCAGACGCAAUUGCAAGCGAUUCUGUAGAAAUCGAUUUCGAUCCUUAUGCUGAUUUCAGUAUAUGUUGCGGCAGUUUCACCCCCAUCUACAAAGGAGAACUGAGCGUUAGUGAAGCUCUAGUAGGCGCAAAGUACAAACCACAGUUUAAAGGUCAAUUAAGUGAGAUUACUGGCAUCACCUCAAUUGGAGUGCCUGCGUCUGGAUUACGUAUCAGAGUAUAA